AUGAGCCAAUCAGAAGCUCAACAUCUCCACGUGUCACUUAUUCAUUCAGUAUCUGUCAUCAAGAAAGAGAAAAUCGGUGUGGAUAGCAGAACAGGAGGAACACAAAAACCUUCGCAACAAAACUCGGACUCGAGAGACAGGACUUGUUUCUGCGGCCAAAUGGCGACGGCUUAUUCGGCGGCAGCUUCCACUUCCAUGGCGGCAACUGCUGUCUUGAUACCCCGUCUCGCAACUACCACCCACUGCUCUGCUUUACCGUACCUACCACCGCGCUUGUCCUCUUUGGCUUUUUCCACUUCCUUCAAAAAGUUUUCAGAGUCCCAGAGGUCUUCUUUGCUCCAGGUGAAAGCCACUUCGUCAGAAGAGACAUCCACUCCUAUUGAUACUGAUGAGUUGUUCAACGAUAUAAAGGAGAAGUGGGAUGCAGUUGAAAACAAGUCUACAGUACUUCUCUAUGGAGGUGGAGCGAUUGUUGCAGUUUGGCUAUCUUCCAUUGUUAUUGGUGCAGUGAACUCAGUCCCUUUGCUUCCAAAGAUCCUGGAGUUGGUAGGGCUUGGAUAUACUGGAUGGUUUGUCUACCGAUACCUUCUCUUCAAGUCAAGUAGAAAAGAACUGGCCACGGACGUUGAAGCUUUAAAGAAGAAGAUCACAGGAACUGAAUAA